AAGAAAAGGAGAAAGGAGGGAGGAGCUGUCGAGUAUAUCACUUCGCUGUGCAGCCUUCUCUGGGUAUCGUCCCCACUCCUCCGCUUCACCCAAAUCCGUCGUCUCGUCUCGUCUCGUCCCGUCCCCCAGCUGCAGCAAGCAACCCUCCGCGUGGGGAGAGAGAGAGAGGAAGGAAAAGGGGUGGGUGGGUGGACUUUGCCUGGACGCGGCGGGGGCGCAUCGCGCGCGCGCGCGUUUGGAAGGAGGAGCUAUGGCGGUGAACGAGGCGGAGCCGGCGGCGGCGGCGGCGAUCCUGGACCUGCCGGAGCCGCUGCUGCAUCUAAUCCUGGGGUUCCUCCACGACCCGCGGUCGCGGCACCGGGCGGCGCUGGCGUGCCACAAGAUGCUCGCGGUGGAGCGGGCCACGCGGGCGGCGCUGUCGCUGCGCGGGGACCCGAGGUCGCCGCCCUUCCUCUUCCUCCCCGAGGGGUUCUGCUUCCCGGCGCUCGAGCGGCUCGACCUCUCGCUCGUCUCGCCCUGGGGCCACCCUCUGCUCUCCUCCGGGGCGCCCUCGUCCUCCUCCUCUUCGUCGUCGGGAUACCACCCGCACCACCCGGAGGAGAUCGCCGAGCAGAACGCCUACAUCGCCGCGCGCCUCGCCCACUGCUUCCCGGCCGUGUCGUCGCUCGCCGUCUACUGCCGCGACCCCUUCACGCUCGCCAGCCUCACGCCGCACUGGCGGGGGACCCUGCGCAGCGUCAAGCUCGUGCGAUGGCACCAGCGGCCCCCCGGCCUCCCCAGCGGCGCGGAUCUCGAGCCGCUGCUGGAGGCCUGCCCGGCGCUCAGGGCGCUCGACCUGUCCGAGUUCUACUGCUGGACGGAGGACAUCGUGCCGGCGUUCGCCGCGCACCCUGCCGCCGCCGCCGCGCUCACCGAGCUCGACCUGGGCCUCGCCGGCGCCACCAAUGGGUUCCACGCCUCCGAGCUCGGGGCCAUCGCGGGCUCCUGCCCCAACCUCCGGAAGCUCGUCGCGCCUUGUUUGUUCAAUCCCCGGUACGUUGACUUCGUCGGCGAUGACGCGCUGCAAUCGCUGGCUUCCAGCUGCCCCCGGCUGACCAUCCUACGGCUCAGCGAGCCAUUCGAAUCGGCGUCCACCAGCCAGAGGGAGCAGGCGGGUAUUACCGUCGUAGGUCUGAUCGCCUUCUUUGCUGCGCUCCCUGGGUUGGAGGAUCUCACGCUAGACCUCCAGCACAAUGUGCUGGAGGCAGCGCCGGCCAUGGAGGCGCUUGCCCGCAGGUGCCCACGGAUCAAGUUCUUGACGCUCGGGUGCUUCCAGGGGCUGUGUAGGGCAUCUUGGCUGCAUCUCGACGGUGUCGCGGUGUGCGGUGGGCUGGAGUCACUUUGCAUGAAGAAUUGCCAGGAUCUCACUGAUGCCAGCCUUGCGGCAAUUGGUCGUGGGUGUGGUAGGCUUGCUAAAUUUGCGAUCCAAGGAUGUGACCUUGUCACAUCAGUUGGGAUCAGAAGAUUAGCAGAGGCGCUUCGGCCUACGCUCAAGGAUGUCAGUGUCCUGCAGUGCCGGUUUCUACACACUGAAGCGUGUCUCGCUGCGCUUAACCCAAUCCGUGAUCGGAUCGAGAGUCUGGAGAUCAACUGUGACUGGGAGGCAGUUGAACAACCCAGCAGUGUGGCCAAUGGCAUCGCCAGAUGCGAUCCGGAGGAUGAUGAGCCUGGUGAAAUGGCAGAGUCUGCAUCCAAGAAAUGUAGAUACAUGCAAUUUGAUAAUUUCGACAGCUGGGAGAUGCUCCGUUCACUCUCCCUUUGGUUUGCUGCUGGUCAGCUGCUCUCACCUCUCAUUUCUGCGGGGCUUGAUAGCUGCCCUGUGCUUGAGGAGAUCUCAAUUAAGGUGGAAGGCGAUUGCCGGACAUGUCCACGUCCUGCUACAGGGUCAAUCUUUGGAUUAAGCGACCUUGCAGGCUUCCCGGUGCUAGCCAAGAUGAAAUUGGACCUGAGCGAGGCAGUGGGUUAUGCACUCACUGCGCCAACAGGGCAGAUGGAUCUUGCAUUGUGGGAGCGAUUUUACCUUAGUGGUAUCGAAUCACUGCAGAGUUUGUAUGAGCUGGACUACUGGCCACCCCAAGACAAGGACGUGAACCAGCGGAGCCUGACGCUGCCAGCAGUGGCACUGCUCCAGCGCUCCAUUGGACUCAGGAAGCUCUUCAUCCAUGGCACCACACACGAGCACUUCUUGAGCUUCUUCUUGACAAUGCCAGAGUUACGGGACAUGCAGUUAAGAGAGGAUUACUAUCCAGCACCAGAGAAUGAUAUGAUGAAUACAGAGAUGCGGGCUGAAUCUUGGCUCCGGUUUGAGACGCAGCUGAACAACAGGUCCAUUCCUGAUUAAUGGUGGAUUUGGUUCACCUUUACGCAAUGGUUGGAAGUUGAAUACAUCAAUGCAGAUAUGCCAACGGAAGCCUUGCUUCGAUUUAAUCAUUCAGAUUGCCACUGAAGUACUGGCAUCAGAGAAGAAACUUUUGCAAGGUCCGAGCAGUCCAUCAUCAGAGCAGACUCCACCUUAUGCCAACAUUUGUUCCCUGCAGUAGUGAUACCCCUCAAAGGAGUCAUCGUUUCUCCUCUCGCAUCCGCAAAUUGCAGCAUGACAAUUGACAAAGAGGACAGCCGUGCCGCGGAACAAGAUCAGCAUCGGAACAUGACGGAAAGAUCUAGUAUGGAUGCAUGCCCUUGCUAUCAAGAUUUUGUCAAAGCGAAAUUGGGAUGAUUCUCCUCUUGGUGCCACUGGAGGAAAAAGUAACGCUUUUCGGUUAAGUAGCUGGACGCCUCUCACAGGAGGAUGAUGCUGGUGCUAUAGAAUUUAAUGCAAAGAUGUGCCUCCAGAAGGACCAGGUUAGUGAUCUUGUGGUUGCAUCUCCCUUUCGUGUGGUUUAUGGACGGACGUCCUCGUGCUCCCACCGAUCCAUUCGGCCAGGUUAAAAAUAUUCUGCAAGUGCCUUCCUGAGAAGUGAUUCGGAUGAGUGGGUUUCAGACGCGGCAAGCCCCGGACCUUCGAGGCUGCAACUGCAAAGGUGGUAUAUGAGAGCCGGCGUGAAGGAUGGGUUAUCUUCGUCGCGUGUGGAUUAAAAAGAAACAUGGUACGUACGGAGGCAUGCAGCAAAGUCAGCAUAUGCAGCUGCUGUGGCGGAUGCAUGCACCACCGGAAAAGCGAAAAGAAAAGGUAAAGGUAAAGGUUGCUACUACUCCUAUCUUUGCUUCCUAGGUUCGUCUGGAAGGGAAUUUUAUCGCCGCUUAUUAUACGUAUUAUUAUGCACCCAGCCUGGAAAAUAUCCAGCAAAUUUUUAGAAAAUUUGCACGACAUGCAUUAAGAAACAGAGGACAAAUUCAAUAGCCAAGCCGAUUUUUAUGACAUGCUAGGAUGAAUUUAUUUCAACAGUCGAUAAAGUUUGAAUCACGUCCUGCCUAAUGCGAAAAUCCAAAAUUUUAAAUGAUGCAUGCAUAUCAUCCUUGGGAAAGCCUCGCCUGGUCAUAUUUUGUUAGAUGUUCACUCUUUUUCACUCAAUUGGGAGUGUGUAUUUCGUUUUUUCGUUAUGUAGAACGUGAUUCAAACUAUGUUCUAUCUUUUUACUUGAUCAUACUAUAAACGGUUAGGCUUGUUUAUAAAUGUAUCACCCAGCUUAAAUUUGCUCAUGAGGUGCACCUGGAUUCAAGGUGGUUAGAGCCAAUAGAUCAUUAGAUCUUGAGUCCAGGACCUGACCCAAUGCAGUACUAUUAAACAAAAGUAUUUGUGGGUUGUAGCAUUUCUCCGUCCCGUGGAUAUCAUAGACGAUGCAAUUGCAGCUUGGGAGUAUUAAAAGAUCAGCGGCAUCUCCUACGUGGCUAACGUAAAAGUAUGUGAUAUCCGACCGGAUAAGAUUGAGGCGGGGAAAAAAACAAAAGCCGCAUGCAUCUGCGUCACUCAGUCCGUCAGUCGCGCUAAGUUGGGCGAUCAUUUUUAUAAUGGAGUUUAUGCUGCCCAAGUUAACACU